AUGGGUGCCCUCAAACCACAAACCUUGGAACAUCCAUCUGACUAUGAUCGCCAAGGGAGCAAACAUGACUCGGGAUCCUCAGCCGGAGGCGUUGAAGGCUUGAAGCCAGGGGGGCAUGUCACCGCCGCCCUGUCGUUCGUCGGCUCCAGCAGCUCUCCACCCUUUUCCAACAGCCUUUUCGGUGAUUCGGGGAGCGGCGGCGGCCACGAUUUCCCCACAUUCCCAGAAACGCUAUCACGGUUGUGCAUCAUCAUCAUCAUCAACUUCAAGGUGCAAAACUGCAAGACUCGUGUUUCAUCUCAGGAUCAGCGCUGGCGAGACGCCAAUGACGCUGGGUCGGAACCGAGCCUGGUGCUGAUUUGCUCCCUCCGGGCCCUACAGGCUCCUUCAGCCUUCAGGGAGGGCGACUUUUCCAAGGUUGGGAAGAAUCAGGUCGACGGAAGGAGGCUGUGCAAAGCGGGUCGUCCUUCCUGCUGCUCCCGAUUGGUUGUGACUGACGCUAGCGGUGCGUAUCGGUAUUACCUGUUUGUGACGGUUAUUACUUACGUCUUGACAUGGGUCAAAUGGAUGGAUCACUAUGCGAGAGAAAAACGAAAGAUGCCCUGGGGGAAGUUGUCCAAUGGGAACCGGUACCAUCUGGCGGGUACGUAG